AUGAGAGCUUCCAAGUUCAGAAAUGAGAUAUCUGGUUUUCAACAACAUGAAUUGGAGUCUCUCCAUGAAGCAUGGCAAAGAUACAAGGGUUUGCAAAGGCAGUGUCCACACCAUGAGAUUCCUGAGUGGCUAUUGAUUCAGACAUUUUACAAUGGUCUGAAGCAUGAAGUUCGAAGUUCUAUUGAUGCCGCAUCAGGCGGUACUUUCAUGGCCAAAACUCCAGAAGCUACGAAGAUAAUGUUGGAUGAUAUGGCUGCCAACAAUUAUUUGAAUGAUUGGAGUGUGCCUCGUGGAGCCCCUAAAAGGGGAGGUAAGUAUGAGGUUGAUGCUAUUGCUACUUUAACUAACACUGUGCAAGUUUUGGCAGUUAAAGUUGAUCAGUUGAGUAGCGGAUGUUGUGAGAUUUGUGAAGUGCAAGGUCAUUCAUUUAAUGAGUGUCAAUACAAUACCAUGGGAGCGGCAAAGCAAAUUGAAUAUCAAGCGAAGCAGAAUGACUUCUUCAGCAAUUCCCUUCAACAAAUUCAUGCUCAUAAUAAAAUGAUGGAGAAUCAGACGACACAACUUGCUCAACAAAUCAGUCACCUCUCAAAACCUCCAGGCCAACUUCCAGGGCAAACCGAACCAAACCCAAAGGGGUUUAUCCAUGCUAUCUCAUUGAGAAGUGGUAGAGAAUUGCAAGAUCCCUAUAGGAAGGUGAAUGACCAAAGGAAUAGUGUAGAAGAGUCAAAAAACCUGAGUGACAAAGAUCAAGGUGAAAACGUGUUAGAAGAUGAAGCUAAGGAGACUGAGAAAAAGGAACCUGUUGUCAUACCUAUUGCACCAUACAAGCCACCUGUUCCAUUCCCUCAAAGAUUGGCACAAGCAAAGCUAGAGAAGAAGUAUGGGAAGUUCCUUGAUAUUUUGAAGAAGUUGCACAUUAACAUCCCUUUCUUAGAUGCUAUCUCAGAGAUGCCUUCUUAUGCUAAGUUUUUGAAAGACAUGCUUUCCAACAGGAGAAAAAUUGAAGAGAAUGUCACUGUUUCACUAAUAGCUGAGUGUAGUGCUAUUUUGUAG